UCUUCACACCCCUCUUUUACCCGGUCGCUCGUCGCUCGCAACACAAUGCACCUCAUCACCGCGGGCUUGUGGCUUGGUGACAUCCUGGACUUUUCCAUGGUCCGCUUCUCGACGCUGACUCGCGACCCAAGCCUGAUUGCGCCAAACUAUUGCCAAGUCACCCAUGUCUUGUCGAUGACGAAAGUGGAUGCUCAAAUUGCCCCAGUGUUGGAGACCUACCCGUCCGCCGCUGGGCCUGGCGAGCACCCGCUCAUUGCCGACUAUCGCAAGGCCUCUGACUUUGCUGCGCAACGCUCGGCGGCGGGCAAGAAGGGCUCUGGAUCGCGUGGCGCUGCCGACGUCACCAAUCCUUCGAAUCCUUCGGGGAUUGUGCGAACUCGUCCAGUCACCCACAAGCAAUGCGUCAUUCAAGACACGGAAAGCGAAGAUCUCCUUCGGGUCAUUCCCGAGUGUGUCGGCUUCAUCCACGAGGCUCUCCGUGCAAAUGCCAACGGUGUAGCUGAGAAUGUGGUUUUUGUGCAUUGCGCAGCAGGCGUCUCGCGAUCGGCCUCUAUUGUGCUUGCAUACCUCGCCUACACAUCGUUCUCUUCCGCUGAACCACUCACGUAUGACCGCGCCCUCAAGAUCAUCCAACAAGCUCGUCCUAUUGCAAGGCCAAACCUCGGUUUUGAAGCCCAACUCCGUGUUUUUAUCGCGUCGCGUGGCAAGGUCGACCGAUCGACGCCAGAUUACAAGUGGCAAGCCCUCCGAAUGGUUCACAUGGAAAACAUCGAAGAAGAACCGUUCGACAUUGUGAUUGAUCGCUACCUGGUGCACGUUGCGCUGCAAAAUCGGGAAAAGCUCGGUCAUCUGCCCGAUGCAGACGCGGACGACUUUUUUGUGCGCUGCAAGCAUUGCAACCACCGUCUAUGCUCGGCUCUUGCAAUGAUUGGACACGGGUUGGGCUCACUGCCGGUCGAGUUGGCAUCUCCCGUCUCGUCCGACCACCGCGGCACGGCUGCCUGCGAGUACCUGUUUGUGGAGCCCCAAGACUGGAUGCGCAAGACUGAGGCUUCGCAAGAAGGCCCCACGCAUUUGCUCUGCCCUCGGUGCUCCGCCACCAUUGGGGACGUUGACUGGCAAGACGGUCUUGUUUGCGCAUGCGAGCACUUGGUGCGACCCGGCAUUGCGUUCAGGCGCGACCAGCUUGCUCAUAUUCCACGCGCGCUGUAUCCCUCAGCCGAGCAAUGAGUUUUGGGCCGUGUUUUAGUUUCUUGUGCCUCUCGUUUUUGUGUUUGGGCAACGGAUUGUUAAGGAAACACCACACAAUUGUCCAGUCGAGGUUGAUCCAUGGAUCCAAGCUUUUCAAUUGUCAUCCAGACACAGCACGUAGUAACACAAAAAGUCGC